CUGGGUCGCUGUGGGGCCGGCGCAGGAAGAGGAGCGGCAGCAAUGGAGAGAUGGGAUUGAGCAGCAGCUGAGACCCAGGCUUCCUUGGAAUGAUGCCAUCACGUACAAACCUGACUGCUGGGAUUCCCAGUAGCAAAGUCAAAUAUUCCAAGCUCUCCAGCACCGAUGAUGGAUAUAUUGACCUGCAGUUCAAGAAGAGCCCACCAAAAAUCCCCUACAAGGCAAUUGCAUUGGCGGUCGUGCUCUUCAUGAUCGGGACCUUCCUCAUUAUCAUAGGAGCCCUCCUCCUGGCUGGAUACAUCAGCAAAGGCGGAACAGACCGUGCUAUCCCUGUGCUCAUCAUUGGGAUCCUCGUGUUCCUCCCAGGCUUCUACCACCUGCGCAUUGCUUACUAUGCCUCCAAGGGCUACCGGGGCUACUCCUACGAUGACAUCCCGGAUUUCGAUGACUGAGCAGUGGAUGUCACCACGUUGUCCUUAGGCUGGCACUACGAGCUGUUAGUUACCCUGGCGAUGAGAGAGGGCUGUAGCUGAAGUUAAUCAGGAGACACCAGUUCCUGGUGUUGCAGGUUUCAGGAUUCACCAUCAGGUGAGAAGAACAUGGGCUUUAGGGUGGUUUUCCUCUUCUGGUUAUAUGAUGCUGGUUGCUUGUAAGAACCUCUCCUUGGGCAAGGCAAUUGUAGCCCUAUUCCCAAAAUAGGCGAGCCAGUCUCAACAGCAGCAAAGAGAUUUGGGCCUUUUUUAACUGUUUUACAGCAUUUCCUUUAGUUUUCAGCGAGCUUGUGGCUGCCGUUGGAUUUCCCUUUGCAGGCAAACCCUUUGCAGUUCUGUUCUCCUGCUCUCUGCCCAUCAGAAAUGUUUCCAACCUACUUGUCCGGUGCUUGUUGGGAAUAACUAAAGUCAGGUGUGUACAACAGGGGGAAAACUACACUUGAGAUCACAUACACACAGUGCAUUUGCUGCAUCAGAUGGACCAAGCUCAUGUAUUCAACACCCCCAUGCUUCAGGACAAAGCUUUGUCCCACACCAGUGUUAACUUGGCAAAAUCUGCUUAUCCUUUACAAAGGUUCCUGUUGGAUUUUGCUUAUGUUGAACAAAAGGAUACAGGAAGAAAGACUGGAAUUCAGAGCAGAAGUCCAGUGUACAUAGCAAACAUCUUGGGUUUGGCUGGUGUGGCUAUUGGAGAUGCUUAAAUUCCAGCUGGCUGGCUCUAUAUGUGGAAUUGUUUUGCGCUCAUCUAGAUAAUAGGCUGUGCAUAGUAAAAAGGAAAUCUCUGUCUAGUUUAUAGUGAAUAAAUCCCAUUUGUAUUACUUUGCCAGCUUCAGGGAUAGGUUAUUCAGGGAAAACAGAUGAGUAGCUCUGCUUUAUGUCAGGUAAAACCAGCCUUUCUCCUGAAGUGGGAAUGAACUCGGUGUCCUGGAGAACAAGUAUGCGACAAGUAGUGAUGCGAGUGUGUUUAAUAUGAAUAAACUUCCGUCUAUUCUGUGUACAAAUCA